AUGACGUUUGGAAACUUUUCGUUCACAGGAAUUUAUGGUGAUGAAUCAGAGAAAUUAGUAAAUGGAAUACCCACCAGCAUACAGCAAUAUCCGCAUUGUGUCUCCUUAAGAAACGACAAUAAACACUUUUGCGGCGGUAACAUAAUUGAUUCGCGUUACAUCCUAACUGCCGGGCAUUGCGUAGCGUUCCUAGUUCAUAAAAGCCUAAGGCAAUCUUUGACCGUCGUCACUGGCACAACUUAUCUCAAUACAGACGGACAGGAUUAUAAAAUAGAACAAGUUUGGUGCCAUGAAAAUUAUGAUCCCUUUGAUACUAGAAGCCCUCACGAUAUAGGUUUGAUAAAGGUAUGA